CACAGUGCUUGGUGCACGCGUCGGGACAGGACGGAGAGAGCGGUGCUGUGAGGAGCCCCCGCACAGCCAGCUCGUUCCUUGCUGACCCGGAGCUUUCCCAAAGUGUUUCCUGUGCAGGUGACCUCGAGGCCAGACUGCGGGACUCGGCGAGCCGGAGCAUUUCCAAAGCGUCUGCCGUCCCUGCAGCCGGUGCCCUCGAGGACAGACUGCAGGACUUACUGUCCUUCAGCCUUCCCAAGGCUUCUCUGUUGCAGCUGUGCUUUCAAGGCACAACUGCAGCACUUGAUCUUUGAGCUUUUCCCAGGCAUCUCUCCUGCAGACCCUCCAAACUCCAAACAAAGACAUGGAGCAAACACCUCCCAGGGUGCCCAAGCUGGCCUGGGUGAAGGAGGAGGAGGAGGAGGCUGCAGCUACCUCAGCACAGCAGCCUGAAGAGCUGGAGCAGCUCCAGCUGCUGCAGGAGGGUGCAGCCAUGGACUGGACACAAGAGCAGGACCCUGCCCGUGGCCGCUUCCGCAGAGCAGCGCAGAUGAUCUGUGAAUUCAUCGUGCGCGUUUGGCGGGAAGAGACCACCGGUGUGGGCACUGGGCCUUCGGCAAACUUUCACCUCUUCAGUGCUGAGACCAGUGCUGCCAUGCUGGAUUUGCUUGUGGAGAAGGGUGUCUCCAAUCCAAAGCAAGUGCCAGCCAUGGUGAGGUACAUCCACCAGUGGCUCACGGCCAAUGAGUCUGCUGGGCACAGGCUGGACAAGGCCCUGCUGGAGCUGACCAAGGAACACCCCUAUGAUGUGCUCAUGACUCUCUUGCGCUGGGCCCCAUCGGGUGACAGAGCUGCUGCGGCCAUGUGGGGGGUGAUCCUGACCUCCACGGGGACUGCGGAGCCGGCGCUGCAGAUCCUCAUCACUGUGCUGAGCGCCUGGCCAGUGGACACCUCUGUGUACACCUCUGAUGGGGACAGCACAGGAGUCUUUGCUCUGGCUGCAACUGUGACACUGUGGAAUGUCUUCAACUGGACCUGGUGCCCACCUAUAGUGCUGGAGUACUCCCCCUCUCUCUUUCUGCGUCUGCUCUCCAAGCUUUCAUCAGCACACUGUAUACACCAGAGGUGGUUGAUACCUUCUGGAAGGAAUGCCAGGAGCAACUCGGCCUUGCCACCAACCCCCAAAGGUGCUCCAUCCCAGUCCCACCAGUCUCCCCAUCCCUCCCAUGCCCUAAGGCAGGAGUCAGAGCUGCCAGUGUGACCUGGGCUUUGCUCUGCACACAGGUUUGCAGUGCAGACUCUGAAGGUGCUGCUCUGCCGAGUGCAGUGUGAGCAUGUGGUGUUGGCCAUGGAGCGCAAGGGUGGCUGGGACACGCUGCUCUAUGCUGGCACCCACCACUAUGCAGUGGGUCUGCUGGCCAGGGAGAUGCACGGUGUCUCUGUGUAUUGGCAUCACUACAUCAUGUCCUACCUCUUGGAGCUCCUCAGCCAAGGCAUUUCAGACUGGGAACUGCCUGCCAUGGCGUUCCUUGUGGAGCUCCUGGCGUUUGUGGACUUCAGUAAAUGGGCUGACGGCAUCCUGGAGAUCAUGCCAAGGCACCUGCAGAGCGAGUCCAAGGAGAUGCAGCGCCUGGCUCUCAGAGGCCUCGUGGUGCUCAGCAGGGACCCCUCGAUGAACAAAAGAAUGCAGAGCCUGACUGAACGCCUUGUGGACCUGCUUCGAGAUGCAGAUGAAGAAAUUGUUGAGACGAGCGCCGUCGUGCUCAGCGCUCUGCUGCUGCACAGAGACCUCGCCAUACCCAGCCCCAUCGCCCUGCGGCUGGCUGCAGCGCUCUGGCCACUCUUGGACAACGACAAUCGCCAAGUGCAGCUGCUCUCCAUUCGCCUCUUCCAAGAGGUGAUGAGGUUGGUGGAGGCAAAGGGGAAAAAGGCCCUGAAGAUGCUUGUGAGCAAGAGCCUGCUCCCGCUCUUCUUCAACUGCCACAACGAGAACGUGCGCGUGGCAGAGGCCUCUCGGGAAACGCUGCUUAUUGCAGUGAGCUUCCUCAAGAGGAGGGAUAUGGAGCAUCUGGUGGUGACUAAUCAGAUGUGGAGGUUUGGGGAGUGCUUGCUGGCACAGGACAGGGACCGAGCGGCCGAGCACCUGCGGCAGGCCCUGCCGUACCUGCGGAGCCCACAGGAGCCCCUGCGAGAGGCGGCCGUCCGCUUCCUGGGGCUGGCCGGGCGGUUCCUGAGAGAGCAGCAGCGAGAGUUGCAGCUCCUGAGCAGGGCCCUUCAGGACAUGGCAGAUGACAUCAGCCCUGCCAUCUCAUGCCUGGCACUUCAAACUCUGUACAUAAACAUGGCUGUACAGAGCAUUCCCUCCUCCCGACUCGAGAGGAUGCUAGAUGGAUUCCGCAGGCUCUGGAAGUCACGGCCUUCCCUGGGUGGCCGUGGCCGGUUCUCCUGCUGGAAUGCUGUGGAGAACUGAUGUGGGAGGGUGCAUCUGCUGGGGUCACCUGAGCCUGCAGGGAAAAGUGCUCCUCUUCAUAUAGUUUUUUUCAGUGUAGUGUAAUAUUUUAGCAAAUUAGUAAAAUACUAGAUUAGUUAAUUAGGAAUUAGUAGGAUUAAUAAACUGCUGCUGUUAUAC